GGAACAAAGCAGACCCCUUAUUUUCGAUCACUUCAACUUUAUUCGAUGAAAUAAAUCUAUCCAAAAAUUAAUGAUAGAUAGUGAUAUCAAACACAAAUAAUAAACAAAAUGCCAUCAAAAAAACGAAAAUAUAAUGCUCGUUUCCCAGCUGGUCGCAUUAAAAGAAUUAUGCAAGCUGAUGAAGAAGUUGGGAAAAUUGCACAGGCUGUACCAGUUAUCAUCUCAAGAACGCUAGAAUUGUUUGUGGAGAGUUUAUUGACUAAAUCGAGCAGCAUUACAAGCUCUAGAAAUGCUAAAACAUUAUCGCCAUCCCAUCUUAAGCAAUGUAUAAUGUCUGAGCAACGAUUUGAUUUCCUAAAAGAUCUUGUAAAAUCUGUGCCAGACAUCACCAUGGAAGAUGGAAGUGGGAGCACGUCAACUGACGAUCACACUCUUGUGCCAUCUAGCAAUGGUAUGUUGGAGCCGAAUGGUUCACACCGAAUAAGUCUUCAUCGAAGCGUUUCACUUCAACCUUCGACAGCUUCUGCUACAGUUGUUAAUCAGCCUACAACACCAGCUCCUAAUCAUAGUCAAUACCAUCAAUUGCAACAGCAAAAGUUUUAUUUAAAUAAUUACACAAAUCACCAGAGCAUCAUCAACCAAAAACCAAAUAAUGAUCAUCGACCGCCACCUCCUAAAAUUGCGCGUAUCAACUCAUCACCAGCAACGGCCACGAUUACCUCAGAACAACAGUCUUCUCAACAAAAACAAUUACCAUCUCCUUUGGCUUUUCCCAUCCAAAUAUCGUAUAACAUCGAUGGAUCUUCCAGUUCAAGUAACGCUAUUGAAUCACCAGCAGUUAAAAUAGAUUACAGCAAGUUUGCAUUACCUGCGACGAGUCCAUCAAUUAAAAUCGAUUUAAGUAAUUUUAAUCAACAAGUGACAAAGCCAACAGCUCCUGCAUCUGGUCUUGACGAAGACUACGAUAUCUGAAUCGUUUUUAAGCUGGUGAUGUUUGUUAUUCUAAUUACUACGCUCUACAGAUUUGCAUUCAACAAUUUCCUUCUUUCCUUUUUGUUCGUUUUAUAAAGUUCAGACUUCUCCUGAGAUUAAAAAUUCUUUUUCCAAAUAAAAUAAAGUUUUUUGUCUUUAUAAACUUUGUUGUGGGUUGAAUUGAAGAUUUUUCAGAAAUAUUUAAUCUUCUACGUUAACAAAAAUGGUUUUGUUGACCAAAAUGUUUACUCAGCUUGAAAGUGACAAAAAAAAGUUUAAGAAUUUUGUGUUAAGAACGAAAAACUCUUCGAAAUUUUGAAUUUCAAGUCAGACAAGUCAAACAUUCUCAAACGACAUAAGAAGAUUUGAUUAGUUUAAAUAAAUAAAUCAACUACAAUUCUGAAUCAUGUCA